GUGGACGAACUUACGAUUAUAUUAGGCAAAUCUUAAGAAAAUGUCUACCACUCUUAAGCCAUAUUUAAAUGCUGUACGACAUUCUUUAUCAGCAGCGAUGUGUAUUGAAAAUUUUUCAUCGCAGGUAGUUGAACGACAUAAUAAACCUGAAGUUGAAAUAAAAUGUAAUAAAGAAUUAGUUAUGAAUCCUCUAUUGAUUAGUAGGAAUGAGAAAGAAAAGGUUUUGAUAGAACCAUCUAUUAAUUCAAUACGUAUUAAUAUUGCAAUCAAACAAGCAGAUGAGCUUGAAAAAUUUUUAUGCAGAAUAUUCACCAAAUUUCUAAUACUACGUGCUGAUAACUUUUCAAUUUUGAGAAAAAAACCUUUGCCUGGUUAUAACAUCAGUUUUCUAGUGACAAAUUUACAUGUUGAAACAAUGUAUAAACAUAAAUUGGUAGAUUUUAUCAUAUAUUUUAUGGAGGAAAUUGACAAGGAAAUUAGUGACAUGAAGCUUUCUUUAAACACAAGGGCCCGGUUAUCAGCAGAAGAAUUCUUAAAAAGAUUUUGAAAGUUGACCAAUUAAAGCAAUCAAAUAUAUCCAUUAUUUAUAUACUUAUAUUUAUUAAUCAUGAAAUUUUUUUGAUAUAUUUCUUAUAAUUUAUAUUUUUUAAAGAUGAAUAAUAAUUAGUUUGACUAAUAAUAGGGCUACACAGAUCCACAACUUUUUCUCUUAUCUAAUA